ACAUUUCUAAUGGUGACUUACUUCCGGUAUCAAGUAUAAUGCUAUGCUAAGCUAUCAAGCGGUGUUUACGGAAGACGCACUUUGAUUAAAACAUCAAAUGUAAAGUCUUUUCUCAGACUGCACAUUAGACAUCAUCCUUUUUUAAAUAAGUGAAAAUGUGUAACGGCUGUGUGCAAAAAGAAUACCCCGACCGGGGAAGCACUUGUCUCGAGAAUGGCUCCUAUCUUAUGAACUACCUGGGCUGUGCCAAAUGUCAUCACAGGGACUUUGUGUUGAUCUGUAAUAAAGACACAGAGGAUGAUGAUGGAGAGGAGAUUGUCACUUACGACCAUGUUUGUAAAAACUGUGACCACGUCAUCGCCAGGCAUGAAUAUACAUUCUCUGUUGUUGAUGAAUAUCAGGAGUACACAAUGCUUUGCAUGCUGUGCGGAAAGGCGGAGGACUCCAUCAGUGUGUUGCCAGAGGAUCCCCGACAGACCGCCUCACUCUUCUAGACCUCAUAAUACAACUACAAUUCUCGAUACAGCAGAUUGACAAAAGACUCUGACUGGAUUGGCAUGAACAGGGUCAUAAAACAUUUAACAAAUAUGCUGCUGACUUCAAGGUUAGGUUCAUUUGAAUAAACAGUUUCUUAUACAUUUUUUAACUUGAGUGCGAUUGCCAACCAGUUCAGGCUGUACCCCACUUAUUGUCCGAAGACAGCCGGGAUAGCCCUUGUGAGGAUAAGCGGCUCGGAUAAUAGAUGGACGGAUAUUCCUGUAUGUAACUAUAUACCAGCCUAUGUCUUUUGACCAUUGCACUGUAAAUGAAUGUUCAGACAUUCACAAAUUUACAUGAAAUUACAAAAAUAUUCACUUAUGUACUAUGUCUCAUUUGAAAUAAAAUAUUGACUUAUGG